ACAGACGUGUGUAUUAUCUUCGACUUAAUUGCUGAAAUCGCCGAAAAUCAAAGCAAAAAAAUAAUUUAUGAAUUUCAUACAUAUUUUAGCCAGCUAGAGGCAAUAAAGUGUAACUUAAUUAUAAUAGUGCUCAAUUUGGUGAUAUAUUUAUCAAUAUUUUAUUUCUUGGUGCUUGAUAAGAAAUCCGUGAGAUUUGUUGUUGCAGUUGCAUAACCCCCGCGACCAUUAUAAGCGCCAAAAUAAGAACGUUCGAAGGCAACAAAAACAACAAAACAACACUACUACAAUAAUAAUUUCAUUGUCGCUUAUUCAAAACAAAACCAAAAAGAGCGAAUAGCGGCGAAUAUAAAAAAAUUCCAUUGCUGGGAGCACAGCCGUUUCCCCGGCUUCGGGGCCUCACAGGCCAUCGAGCUACAGGCGCUCGUUAAUAACAUUUUAAGGGAAAAUCAAAGUUCGAUAAUGUCCCAAAAUCGUGAUACGCUGAUACAUUUGCUAGCCGGCGCAUCCGCUGGCACAGUUGGCGCUGUGGUCACAUGUCCCUUGGAGGUGGUCAAGACGCGUCUGCAGAGCUCGACGGCAUUUCUGCCGACGGCGACGUCGACGCGUAUUGUUGAGCCAGCCGGCGGACCGGCAAAUGGUGGCGCCUCCGAGCUGUUGCGGCCGGAACAACGACGUAAGCUAAGCACAACGAUAUUACGUAACAGAUCACAGCCACAGAUUAUGGCUAUAUCACAUUGCGGCAUCUCCUCGACUACCACAAAAUCCAUGAGCAUCAUGCAGUGUCUGCGAUACAUUGUACAAAACGAAGGUCCCCGCGCUCUCUUCAAAGGUCUUGGACCCAAUUUGGUGGGCGUAGCCCCAUCGCGUGCCAUAUACUUCUGCACCUAUUCACAGACAAAGAACUCGCUCAACAGUUUGGGUUUCGUUGAGCGCGAUUCGCCCUUGGUUCACAUCAUGAGCGCUGCUAGCGCUGGAUUUGUCGCAUCGACGGCAACGAAUCCCAUUUGGUUUGUGAAGACGCGAUUGCAGCUGGACUACAAUUCGAAGGUGCAAAUGACGGUGAGGCAGUGCAUCGAGCGGGUCUAUGCACAGGGCGGCAUUGCGGCCUUCUACAAAGGCAUCACAGCGAGCUACUUUGGCAUCUGCGAGACGAUGGUGCACUUUGUCAUCUACGAGUUCAUCAAGUCGAAGCUGUUGGAGCAGCGCAAUCAGCGGCACACGGAUACUAAGAGCUCACGUGAUUUCCUCGAGUUCAUGAUGGCUGGCGCUGUGUCGAAAACAAUUGCCUCCUGCAUUGCUUAUCCCCAUGAGGUGGCACGAACGCGUUUACGCGAGGAGGGCAACAAAUACAAUACCUUCUGGCAAACGUUGCACACGGUGUGGAAGGAGGAGGGACGCGCCGGACUGUAUAGAGGCUUGGCCACGCAGCUGGUGCGACAGAUACCCAAUACGGCGAUCAUGAUGGCCACCUAUGAGGCGGUGGUUUAUGUGUUGACGCGACGCUUUAACAACAAAUCGAAUGAGUUUUACGAUUUUUAA